GAUUGGUCUUUCAAUCCCGGCUCGGGCGAAAGCGAUGAAGACGGUGACGGCGGAGGCUGGGCUGGGUCCGAUGCCGGUACCCCGUGCAGAACUGAAGCUGGUCCGGCUGUUGAGCCGUUGUGAAGCAAUGGCGGCCGAUAAACGAAACCCGGACGAGUGGCGGUUGGAGAAGUACGUAGCUGCUCUGGAGGAGAUGUUACUCACAUUGAAGAAACACUCCAGCAAACCAGCUCCGGAAGUGCUGAAUGAAUAUUCUCGUAAGGUGGAUUUCUUAAAGGGCCUGCUAGAAGCAGAGAAAUUGUCAUCAUCUUCUGAGAAGGCACUGGCAAAUCAGUUUUUGGCUCCUGGGAGAACUCCUACCACUGCCAAGGAACGGACCCCAGCAACAAAAACCGUGCAUCUACAGACCAAGGCCCGCUUUAUGGGCGAGAUGAGGAAUGAGCUGCUUGAUUUGGAAGAGAAAAAUUUAAGGAAACGCAUGACCCCAGUUCCUGAUGAAAAGCAGUCAGCUGCCGAACUGGAUGCUGUCCUGCAGCAUCAUCACACCAUCCAGGAGAAGUUAGCUGAAGAGAUGUUGCACCUGGCACGCAAUCUCAAGAACAACACUCUUGUGGCACAGAAUGUGAUUAAGCAAGACAAUCAGACCUUGACGCAGUCACUGAAGCUGGCUGACCAGAACUUUGAGAAACUGAAGAAUGAAUCGGAUCGCUUGGAGCAGCAUGCUAAGAAAUCUGUCAACUGGCUACUCUGGCUAAUGUUGAUCGUUGUCUGUUUCAUUUUCAUCAGCAUGAUACUGUUCAUUAGAAUCUUCCCAAAACUAAGAUGAUUUCUUGGCUGGUGUCAGCAGCAGCAGCCUGGCAUCUUAUCUUCUUCCUUAAACCCAUCAAAGCUUGCUGGGAUUUUGUAACUUGGAAAAAAUGCUCAGUGGGAGAAUAAAUGCUCAAUGGGAGAAUAAUUUGGUUGCAACAAGUUCAUAGAAUCUAAGCUGAACUGUUUUCCUCCUGCUUGAAAGACUGAAUAGGAAAGCUCCUUCUGCAUUGUUAUAACAGGAUUAAGCAAUUUAUGGGACAUAUGCAACAGCCCAGAAGUUCCUGUUUUUAUGGCCUGCAGCCCCCAAGAGGUGGCAGCUUAUUUUAAACAACAAAAGCUAAUGGGGGGUGGGGGGGAGCCAUAGAAGUGGAGCUUCUGAAUUUAACAUACCUAUUUAGAAGCAAGUAAUCCCCCAAGGAAUGUGGUGACCCUACUGUAGGGACAAAAUAGUAACAGAUCUUGAUUAGCAAAAGUUCUCCUUUCCUGAAUUACAAUUCAACAAAGGCUCUCCUUGCUGCUGGUAAAGAAGCAGAGUUAGGUGAAUUGAAAUCUCCUGAAAAUAGAAGGCCACUUCACCUACUGAGGUUGGGGAGUGGGCGUGAGAGAAAGAGAUAAUACUUAGAUGUUCUUAAUGAUUUCUCUUUCACAGGCCAGUCUCAACAAUAUCACUUUGAUCAUCGGGUUCAUUGACAAAGUACUCCUUAGCAUACAACAACCCUGGGCUAUAGAAGCUUUCCCAAUUUUCUUUGCUUUGGAAUGCUGAAAUUCCCCUUCAUGAAAUAUUUGCUAGUCUCCCCACUGCUUCUGGGGACUUUGUGGGUUAUGAUUCCAUUUCUAGGGAGACAUUCAUAACAGAUUGGCAUUUAAGUGACUUUGGCGAAUAAAAAAGGUGGCACUAUUAAUUCUUUGGAGUCAGUGCUGCUUCAUGGAAGUUAGACCUCUCUGAGGGCCUCCACAAAUUUGGACGUUGCAGCAAUAUAAGGCUGAGUGUGUCCCCUUUUUUUCAUUUGAUAUAUUGCCUCAGAAGAGGCCGUAAGGCAAGAAUUCAGAUCCGCCAAUUGAAGGUAGAUUGGGCCUCAUCUAAACAUAGAUGCACAUUUGAGUAUGAAUUCAUGGCCGGCUGGAUUGUGGAUGUUAUUCCUCUGUGCACAUUCCAAAGAAAUGGGUGGGUGGAGGUAUUUUAUGGGCACUUUUCAUUAACAACCAUCCUGAAAAGUACUGCACCAGCAGUGUGGUUAAUAAUCUGUAGGAAACAGCAACACCCCCAAUUGGGCCUCAGCAUUUUAACUUGGCAUUUACACAGCAGAAG